GUCCCGCUCGUUCUAACGGAAAGAACCAGAUCGUGUCUCGUGGGUUCUCUCUCUACAUCCAUGGUUCUCUCUCGGUGUUCCUGAGGAAGUGUGUGUGUGAGCAGCUGAUCCAUCCAUCGUCUGUGUGUCUGGAUGAACCUCUGACUUUGUGCUCUUUCUUCUGAAGCCUUUAGCUCGGACUCUAGAAGCUAGCUUAGCAUGCUAGCUUAGCAUGCUAGCUGGUAACACGCUAGCAACACAGAGUGAGAGAAACGGGAAGUGGUGAUUUAGUAAACAUGAGUGUUGUGCUGCUCUCGUUGGUGAAGCAGCGACUCACUGCAGCUGCUGAAGACAUCUUUGUUCUGUUUGAAAGAACGAUAGCAGAGUACGAGGAGGAACUGUCUCGUUCAAAACAGGAGAACGAGAGACACCGGAAACUACUGGACGCUGUUGUACAGCCUCAGCUUCAGAUCCACAGAGCAGACGUCCAGCAGCUGGUGGUGGUUAAAGAAGAGGUUCCCCCUGAGCAGCAGGAGUGGAGCUCCAGUCUGGACCAGGAGGACCCAGAGCCCCCCCCACACAUUAAAGAGGAACGGGAGGAACUCUGGAGCAGUCGGGAGGGAGAGCAGCUUCAAGGGCUGGAGGAGGCUGAUAUCAUCAAGUUCACAUUCACUCCUGUCCCUGUGAAGAGUGAAGAUGAUGAAGAGAAACCUCAGUCCUCUCAGCUUCAUCAAAGACAAACUGAACACAUGGAAACAGAAGCUGAUGGAGAGGACUGUGGAGGACCAGAACCAGCCAGGAGCUCAGAUCCAGAGAGACAUUUACAACCAGAGACUGAGGACAACUCUGGAGGCUCUUCUGAACCUGAGACUGAAGACAGUGCUGAUUGGAAGGAGACCAGAGAACCAGGUUCAAACUCUCAGAAAAAUAAACCAGACCCUGUCAGUGAUUCAAGACGUAGGACUGGAAAGAAACACUUUAGAUGCUCUCAGUGUGCGAAAAAAUUUGGCCGCAAGUCAAGUCUGAAUAGACAUAUCAUAAUUCAUACCGGAGAGAAACCAUUUACCUGCUUAGUUUGUAAGAAAUCUUUUGCUUCGAGACAUCACUUACCAAUUCACAUGAGAAUCCACACAGGAGACAAACCAUUCAGCUGCUCAGUCUGUAACAAAUCUUUUGCAGUGAGAGGAAGUUUAAAGGACCACAUUAGAAUCCACACAGGAGAGAAACCGUUCAGCUGCUCAGUCUGUGAGAAAUAUUUUACACAGAGAGGACAUUUAAAGGAGCACAUGAGAAUCCACACAGGAGAGAAACCGUUCAGCUGCUCAGUCUGUGAGAAAUCUUUUGCAGAGAGAAGAGAUUUACAGAGACACAUGAGAAUCCAUACUGGAGAGAAACCAUUCAGCUGCUCAGUUUGUGAGAAAUCUUUUACACAGAGAGGAGAUUUAAAAUGCCACAUGAGAAUCCACACUGGAGAGAAACCAUUUAGCUGCGGUUUUUGUGACAAAAUAUUCACUUGGAGUCGUCAGGUCAAAAGCCAUAAGUGUGUUGGUCGUCAGUCCUCACAGCUCCAUCAAACUCAAACUGAGGAGGACAGAGAGGCAGAGCCUCCAGCCAGCAGCUCAGCUGAACACAUGGAAACAGAAGCUGAUGGAGAGGACUGUGGAGGACCAGAACCAGCCAGGAACUCAGAUCCAGAGAGACAUUUACAACCAGAGACCGAGGACAACCCUGGAGGCUCUUCUGAACCUGACAUUUUCCAAGUCAAAUCUGCAAUAAAAAAAGAGGACAAUUAAUUAUUCCUUCGACAAUUCACAUGAGAAAAAUCUGUCUGUCUGUAUAAACUCUGUUUGACAAUGUUCAAACAUGACUUCAUCUAAACUCCAUCUUUAUCAACAGAAGUUUUGAAUAUGUUUAAUGUUGUUGUCAUACUACUUUUCUGAUGUGUACUAUAACCACUGACUGAUUAAUCUGCAGUAGUUUCUCUAAUAAUCUGUUUGUUUAAUGAAAUGUUGUGACUUUAAACUUCCAUUGGGAUGUUGUUGAUAGUUCCUGUUGAGUUAUCAGUCUGUUCUGGUCUAAAAGAAGAACCAAUGACUUAUUGAUAUAGAGAAUGUGUACGAUGUUUUCAGUUUGAUUCUGUUUAUAUCAUCAAACCAAACUAAAAGAAAAAGGCCUUUGAAACAGA